AUGUUCGCUUUCAAGAAGGUCUUCGCGUCCGUCUUCCUCGCGGUCCUCUGCGCCGGAUCUGCCUCCGCGGUCCCUUUCCCCGCGAGCUCCAAGUUCGCGACCCACCGCACCCGUGAGAUCUCCCGGGACUUCAAGCUUGAGACUUACCACCCCGAGUCCUCCUACGAGACCUUCGGUGCUGGUGUCGACCACCCUCUGUCCAAGCGCGCCGACGCCUCGAUCGAGGACUCCGCGGUCGCCUUCAUCCAGUCGCGCAUCAGCGGCCUCGCCGCCGACGCGAUCACCGUCAAGUCGUCGCACGAGAGCGACGCGGCGGGCCACGUCUACGUCAAGCAGACGCUCGCGGGCAUCCCCUUCGCGAACGCGGUCGCCAACGUCGCCUUCAACAAGGAGGGCAAGGUCGUCGCGUUCGGCUCCUCCUUCGUCUCGACCCCGAGCUCGUUCGCCAAGAUCUCGACCGAGCCCUCGGUGCCCGCCGCGGACGCCAUCUCCAGCGCCGAGGACGCGCUGUCGGGCGCGUUCAACGCGGAGGAGUUCCCCGAGCCCACGCUCGAGUGGUUCGCCAAGGACGACGGCUCGAUCGUCCUCACCCACGUCUUCCAGGUCCGCAACGAGGAGGCCGGCACGUGGUACGAGGCGUUCGUCGACGCGCACUCCGGCGACCUCGUCUCCGUCACCGACUUCGUGGCCAAGGCUUCCUACCGCGUCCUCCCUAUCACCAAGGAGGUCCUCACUGAGGGCCUCGAGCUCGUCACCGACCCCCAGGACACCUCUGCCUCGCCCAACGGCUGGCACACGGGCACGGACACCCAGGGCAACAACGCCAUCGCCUACAAGUCCUCGCAGAGCCAGACGACGUCCCAGUCCGGCUCCGGCCUCGUCUUCGACUACGCGGUCAGCACGAGCUCGCAGCCGACGACGACGGGCAACGUGAACGCGGCGCGCGUGAACGCGUUCUACAUCGUCAACUCGGUGCACGACAUGACGUACAAGUACGGGUUCACCGAGGCCGCGUACAACUUCCAGGCGGACAACCUCGGCAAGGGCGGCAAGGCCGGCGACCGCGUCACCGUCUCCGUCCAGGACUCCGCCGGCACGAACAACGCCGACUUCUCGACCCCGCCCGACGGCCAGUCCGGCGCGAUGCGCAUGUUCACGUGGACGUACACGAGCCCGCGCCGCGACGGCGCGCUCGAGAACGACAUCGUCAUCCACGAGAACACGCACGGCGUCUCGAACCGCCUCACGAGCACCGAAGCCGGCGGUAUGGGCGAGGGCUGGUCCGACUCGAUGGCAGACUGGUUCCACAAGACGUCCUCGUCCGUGCCCGACUUCGUGAUGGGCCAGUACGUGAUCGACGACUCGGCCGGGAUCCGCAACUACCCGUACUCGACCUCGGCGUCGACGAACCCGCUCCGGUACUCGUCGAUCAAGACGCUGAACGAGGUGCACAACAUCGGCGAGGUCUGGGCGAACCUGCUCCACAACGUCUACGCCGCGCUCGUCGCCGCCCACGGCUUCUCGGCCGCCGCGCGCACGGACCCGAGCGGCAGCGCGGGCAACGUCGUGUUCAUGCACCUCUUCAUCGACCAGCUCGCGCUCCAGCCGUGCAACCCGACGUUCGUCACCGCGCGCGACGCGUGGAUCCAGGCGGACGCGAACCGGUACGCGGGCGCGAACAAGUGCACGCUCUGGAAGGCGUUCGCGAGCAAGGGCCUCGGCACCAAGGCCGCGAGCUACAACGACGACAGCACGCUCCCCUCGGGCUGCUGA